CGCUCCUCGUGGUUAGGAGCGUAAAUAGUUCUUGUAUUCAUUCGUUCAACGUGGUGUUAUAUAACUUAACACCAUGACUAUUAGACCUAGUUAUAGGCCCAAGAUCGUCAAGAAAAGAACCAAGAAGUUCAUUCGCCAUCAAAGUGAUAGAUAUGUUAAGCUAAGGAGGAAUUGGCGCAAGCCAAAAGGUAUUGAUAACAGAGUCAGAAGGAGGUUUAAGGGACAGUAUUUGAUGCCAUCAAUUGGUUAUGGUACCAACAAGAAAACUAGGCAUAUGCUUCCUACUGGUUUCCGUAAAGUUCUCGUACACAAUGUCAGGGAACUUGAAAUGCUGAUGAUGCAGAACAGGAAAUUCUGCGCUGAAAUCGCUCAUGCAGUUAGUUCUAAGAAGAGGAAAUCAAUUGUAGAGCGAGCUCAACAACUCAGCAUUAGGCUCACCAAUCCAAAUGCACGCCUCAGGACUGAGGAGAAUGAAUAAUUCUUUUUUGUUCUAUAAUAUAUCUUUUUUUAAAUU